AUGGCAGGCAAGAAAAAAGAAAUUCAGCUGCAGGCGAUGGUACUCAAUCAAACUCAGUGGGACGAAAUGUUGUUGGUUAAAGGUCUAACAGUCGUGGAUGUUUAUCAGGCUUGGUGUGGGCCUUGCAAAGCGGUGGUGAACCUGUUCAGACGACUAAAAAAUGAAAAUGGUGAAGAUGACUUUCUACAUUUUGCUGUGGCGGAGGCUGACAGCAUUUUGACUCUAGCUGCAUUUAGAGACAAAUGUGAACCAGCUUUUCUCUUCUGUGUGGAUGGCAAAAUCAUAGAUAUAGUCAGAGGUGCCAACGGACCUCUCUUGAAUAAAAAAGUAGUGGCACUAAUAGAACAAGAGAGGAAAAUUGUAGCAGGAGAAAUGACACGGCCGGAGGUGCAAGAGCUUAUAUUUUUGGAAGAGAAAGAAUCAGAGGAAGAAGCAGAGGAAGAAGGCGCUGCAGAGGAAGAAAAAUACAACGUUGUCAUUAUAAAACCUGACGCCGUCGCUGAAGGAAAAGUUGAAGAAAUCAUACAGACGAUUAUACAAGCAGGCUUUAUCGUUGUCGCCCAUGAUGAGAGGCUUUUAGACGAAGAGCAAGUGAGGGAUUUUUACAGAAACAAAUCGGAGGAGCCUGAAUUUGAAGACUUCGUUGUGUUUAUGAUGUCUGGACCAAGUCACAUCCUGAUAGUUGCAGAAGGUAAAGAAGCACCUGAGGUUAUUUUGCAUGAUGUCUUGGAAAAUCAGGAUAUGUUAAAUUUAUGUGAUAUUAACGAUAGCUUGGAAGAGGCAAGCAGGCAGCUGGCCUUCUUCUUUCCGGAUUUUUCGAGAAAGAAGAAAAGCGCUGGCCCUGCGGUCGAGAGAACGUUGGCCUUGAUUCGACCCGCGCUCUUAAGAGAAAGAAGAGAAUCUAUUCUCAGGAGGAUCGAGGAUGACGGCUUCACGAUAGCGAUGCAAAAGGAAAUCGUUCUGACGGAAGAGCAAGCGCGCCUGUUUUACAAGGAGCACGAGAAUGAAGAUUUUUUCCCAAUGCUCCUAAAAGAAAUGACCAGCGGACCAACUCUUGCACUUGGUUUGGUGAGAGAAAAUGCAGUAGAAGAAUGGAGAGGUUUGCUGGGUCCAAAGGUUCUUGAGGAAGCCAAGGAGAAAUGUCCAAACAGUUUGCGUGCCGAGUUCGCCAUUGACAGCGCGCCCAUCAAUCAGCUGCACGGCAGCUCCUCUGCCGAACAAGCGCAAAAGGAGUUAGAGUUCUUCUUCCCAGUGGAGCACACUUUUGCUGUCAUUAAACCCUCUGCUCUUGAAGUGCACAAAGAUGAAAUUAUAGGUCAGGUAAAAGAAGCUGGAUUUAUCAUAUCUGAAAUGCAAGAAACAUGCAUCACUCCUGAAAUGGCAGCACAGUUUUAUAAAGCUCAUGAAGGGCAGCCCUUUUAUCAGCAUCUUGUGGACUACAUGAGCAAAGGCCCGUCCAUGGUGAUGAUUCUAACCAAAGAAAACGCUGUGGAGGACUGGCGGAAGUUAAUGGGGCCAACAGAUCCAGAACGAGCCAAACAGAUCGAUCCCAAUUCAUUACGUGCUCGAUUUGCUAAAGAUAUUUUGAGCAAUGCCGUUCAUGGAUCAUCCAAUCCAGACCACGCAUUAAAAAGCAUUGAGUUUGUCUUUGGAGAUAUUGAUCUGGAGAGCCUCAAGAACAAAUACGUAUAUGUGUAA